AUGCCUCCCAUACCACCGCACAAAACCCCCCUCCCCCGCAUAAUAACCUACUACCAAACCCACCACACCCCCUCCGGCGACUUCAUCUCCGUCCUCCCCCUCCUCACCCGACCAUCCAUAUCCCUAACGCACCUCAUCCUCGCAGCAUGCCACAUCAACGACCUCCCCACAGACAUAACCCUCAACGACCACCCCCCAGACCACCCACGCUUCCAAACCCUCUGGGCCGAGCUCCGCGUCCUCCAAGCCUCCGGCAUCAAAGUCCUCCUCAUGCUCGGCGGCGCCGCACAGGGAACGUACGCGCGCCUGGAAUCCGAACAGUUCGAGGCCUACUACGCUCCGCUGAAGCAACUCAUCAAGGAGCGAAACCUGGACGGCAUUGACCUGGACGUUGAAGAGCCGAUGACCCUGGGAGGCAUCAUCAAGUUGAUCGACAGGUUGAGGGCGGAUUUCAGCCCUGAAUUCAUCAUUACCAUGGCACCGGUUGCCAUGGCCCUGUUGGACCCGGAGAAGAACCUAAGCGGGUUUGACUACGAGGCGCUGGAGGUCAUGAGAGGCAAGGAGAUUGCCUGGUACAACACACAGUUUUAUUGCGGAUGGGGAAACUUGAGCAAUACGCUAAUGUACGAUUUGAUGCUGCAAAAGGGAUGGAGUCCGGAAAAACUGGUCAUCGGAGUCGUGACAAACCCUGCUAAUGGAUCUGGGUUCGUGCCGUGGGAGAUGCUCUCUGCGAUCCUGGGCAUUUUAAACAGGCGUCACCAGAACUUUGGAGGAGUCAUGGGCUGGGAAUACUUCAACAGUCUGCCGGGCGAUGCGGGACGGCCCUGGGAAUGGGCAGGCAACAUGUCGAUGCUUUUGAGAGCACACUCUCUUGGGCCUGUACCAACCCCAGCUGGAACAGAGACUCAACCAAUUGUCGAUGGUGAGGCAGACCCAGAUCCUGUCAACGACAUCCCUUUGCAAGUGCCCACAGACUUUGACUAUUACUCCGAUAGUACAGGAGACGAAUAG